AUGGGCGUCACUGGGCUUCUUCAGCAGCUCAAGGAAAUCCAGGAACCCACGACUUUGGACAGGUACCGUGGACAAACAUUGGCUGUGGACACUUAUGGUUGGCUUCAUCGCGGACUUAUUCUGUGCGCGCAGGAACUAUGCAAAGAUGCUCCAACAGCAAGUUACGUGACUCUGGUAAUGAAGAAAGUGGAUAUGCUACGCCAUUUUGGCGUGGAGCCGUAUCUAGUUUUCGAUGGUGCAGCAUUGCCAACAAAAGAGGGCACAUUAAUAGAGCGGCGCGAAAAAAGAGAGCGCGCGCGCGAGGCAGCGGCUGCGCUCGAGAAAAAGGGCGACCGCCGCGGCGCAUGGAAGGAAUACAUGAAAGCAGCGGCAGUGACUCCGGAAAUGGCCAAAUCAGUUAUGGUGGAAUUGGACCGGCGGCGAGUGAAGUACGUGGUGGCACCAUACGAAGCGGACCCGCAAAUGGUUUAUUUGGAGCAGAUUGGUGCUGUUGAUGCCAUCCUACUGGAAGACUCUGAUCUCUUGGUGUUUGGGUGCCGGCGCCUUGUGACCAAGCUUUCGGACUCGGGUGGGUGCGUAGAAAUCAACCGCGCGAGGUUUUCGCAGGUUCGCGCAGUCCCUCGCCUCGCGGACUAUACUCCAGCCCAAUGGCGUGCCGUGGCGAUCUUAUCUGGUUGCGAUUACACAAAAGGCGUGCCAGGGGUUGGGCUUAAAACGGCUUUUGCAGCCGUGCUGCGUACUCCCUCGUUGCACAAGAUUGUAUUAUCUUAUAUUGAAAAGGGUACUGUGCCCCCAUCAUUUCUCCAGGAAGCUGUGCGUGCAGACUUGGCAUUUCAGUUCCAAAAAGUGUUCGACCCGCGCGCGCGCGCCUUGCGCACUUUGAAUGAGUAUCCGCCCGACUUUGAAGUGGAAACAGAAAUUCUCGAAGCUGUUUGCGGUCGUACGUUGGAGGAGAAAAUCCACGUGGGUAUAUGCACAGGGCGUAUCCAUCCCUUUACGCAUACAGUUUUAGUUUCGCGUGAACAAAACUUGGUGCUUAUGAAGAGUCGUUCAGUGGUGGAUGGGCAGAUGGGCCAUAUGGCGCGAAAGGUGCUGGGUCUGGGCACACUCGCGCAAAAAACCCAGUCAUGUGGCGCUCUAGCGCCCAAAACAAUAGAGAGUUACUUCCGCGUGCUUCAGCCCACUACGCGCGACAACAAAACGGCCGGCCCAAAAGAGGUGCAAAAGAAGGAAACAUCCAAAAGAAAAGUGGCAGUAGGCGGUGCAAAUGAGAAACUAUCACCUACAAGCAAGAAGUUGAAGCGUAUCAGCACUGCCCCAAGUGGUGGCUCGAGCCGUUUUUUCUCUCAACCACAUGCUCCUGUCCCAAAUCUAAAGCAGACACCAUCGCUGCCAUUCCUCACUGGCGACUCCGAAGUACCAGAGACUCUGUCGCCUAUCAAAAAGGAUGAACAGUACCUCACAGACGAGGAUCUCGACUUGGACGAAUUGGCUGACCACAAUGUUGGCUACACUAAUACACUUGAGGACUCGCCAGUAAAAUUGGCUCGCAUCGGCCGCUCGUGGCGUGAACGAUUUCUGGCUACGAGCACAACAGAAGGGGCUAAUGCUACUCGAAUUCUGACGUUGGAUAUCUCUUCUACGAGAGUUUCCACAGGCAGAAUUUCAGUUCAAAGAAGUUCCAAUUCCACUAAAGAUAAGGUAUCAGAAUACGACACAGCAAGCAGCCUGGGCCCUCCAACACCACGUGCCGAACCUGUGUCGAGUCAGUUCAAAUCGCUGCAACGUGAUGAAAUCAGCGAGAGCGACGAUGAGCCCCGUGGCAGCCUCAAAUUGCUGCGCUUUGCAUUUUCCGGACUAUAA